AUGAACUUUGCGCCCUACCAGGACCAGUCCCCCGACAUCGAGCGCGCGCUCUCCCCUCCCCUCGCAAAUGCCAACCGCAUACAUACCGCUUCUCCCCGUCACACACCAUCACCGCUAAGCCAAAACCACCCAAGGAACUCGUCGAACCUAGAAAGAAACACACAAAGUAAUGCGCAGGGGUUUGGAUCCGGCUUUGGAAGAGAUGUCGAGGGAGGACGUAUGAGCCUGGGCGCGUUCGAGACCAGUCUCCCGUUGCGCAUGGAUUAUGAAGCUAUGCUUGCAUAUCUCUUGCUACCACCUGCAGGAGGCGUGUUUUUACUUUUGGUAGAGCAUAAGAGUGAUUAUGUACGAUUCCACGCCUGGCAAUCUAGUUUGCUUUUCACCUUCAUGUUUGUUAUUCAUAUGCUCUUUGCUUGGUCAAGUAUUAUAUCCUGGUUAUUGUUUCUAUUCAACCUUGGCCUCAUUGGGUUUCUGAGCAUGCAUGCCUACCGCGACGUUGAUUCCCUGGAACACUAUCAAGUUCCUAUCUUUGGGCCGUUGGCUAACUCUUUUGUUGAUGAUGAGUGA